AAGCGCGUGCCUCGCAAGUACGAAGGCGUGAGCAGCGGCGGCGCCGCCGCCUCUGCCGCCGCCUACGGCAGCUCCUACACCCGCCAGCAGCGGCGGCUGGCCGGCGGGCAUGUGCGCACGCGCGGCGGCGGCGCGCUGUCCCCCCGCACCUCCCUCCCCUCCUCGCUCACGCCGCGGCGGCAGCAGCCGUGGCAGAUGCUGCUGCCGGCGGGGGUGCCGCCGCCGCCGCUGUCUCCGGAGCAGUGUCGGCAUCAGGUCAUGGCAGACUUGGUGUACCUGUUCAACGCGGCGCCGCCCGGCAUGCUGCGCCUGCUGUGCCACCUGGCGCUGCCCGAAGAGCUUCCAGAGGAUGAGGGCGGGGAGGGGGAGCCGUCGUGGGCGCCCCCGGUGCGCCCACCCCCCGAGGUGCUGCUGCUGCCGGCAGACGCGACGGUGGGGCAGCUGCUGCAGGCAGCCACCGCCGCCUUCCGCGGCUCCUACCGCAUGUGCCGCGGCUGGGAGGCGGAGGCGGUGGUGGGCGGGCUGUCGGCGGCGGUGCCGGCGCCGGCGCCGCAGCCCCACCUGCCGCCGCCGCCGCCGCCCGCCGCUGCUGCCGUCGGCGACGCGGCCUGCACCACGGCAGCGGGCUGCGCAGCGGGCAGCGAAGCAGCGGCAGAGGCGAUGGAGGUGGAUGGGCAGGCUGCGGAGGCGGCUGCCGCCGCCGCAGAGGCGCUGGCUACGGUGGUGGCGGGCGUGGAGGGCUUGGAAAUGAAUGGCCGGCUGCAGCAGGAGCAGCAGCAGCAGGAUCAGGGGCUUGCGGCUGUGCCUGCUGCUGCUGUAGCCUCUGCUGCAGCGGAGCGCUCCCAAGGGGCGGGUUCGGCCCCAGACAGCCAGCUGGCAGCCUCGCUGGCCGCCGCCGCCGUGGCGGCGGCCGUGGCGGCGCACGACGGCACGCAGCCGCGGCCGGGGCAGCAGCAAGGGGAUGUUUUGAUGGCAGACGCCGAGCAGCAGCCGGCCCCUCAGCCGCCGCCGCCGCCGCCGCCUCUCACAGCGGAGCAGGAGGUUGAGGUGGCGGCGUGGCGGCAGCAGGAGGCGGCCCGACAGGUGCUGCUGGCGGCACGCCUCGCCGACCUGCUGCUGCCGCCGGGGCAGCAGGCCAGCAGCGCAGACGCCGGCGGCGGCACCGGCGCCGGCGCCCAGGCCGCAGCGCUGCCGUCGGUCGUGGUGGCGGGGCGGGGGCUGGACUGGGCGGUACGCUGGCGCCACGCAGGUGGGCUGGAGGAUUGGGCGGUGCGGUGCCGGUGCGGCGUGAACGACGACGACGGCGAGCGCAUGAUAAUGUGUGACAGCUGCAACAUCUGGAUGCACACCCGGUGCUACCACAUACCAGACGACGACCCGGUGCCCGAGGAGGCGUUUGUGUGCGACACGUGCCGCCAGGGCGGCGCGCAGGCGGGCCAGGCGCAGCUGCACCUGCAGCCCAGCCGCCCGCACCACGUGCCGCCGCAGCCCGAGGCGGCGCAGCCGGGGGCGCCGCUGCUGCUGGAGCUGCAGCCGCAGCAGCAGGAGGCGGCGCCGGUGCAGGAGCAGCCAGAGUUGCUGUUGCAGCAGGAGCAGCCAGACGUGCCGCUGGAGCAGGAGCAGCUUCAGCGGGAGCAGCAGGAGCAGCCACUGCAGCAGCAGGCACAGCCCCAGCAGCAGCAGCACGAGCAGCACGACCAGGCUCAGCAGGAGCAGCAGCAGGGCUGA